UCGCGUGCCCGCAGGCCACCUCCCUUCUCGGCGCAAGCGCGGCAGCUCGGCGGGCGAGGCAGAAGCUUGGGAGCGGACGCCGCCGGCGAGGAUGGUGCUGGAAAGCGUGGCCCGCAUCGUGAAGGUGCAGCUCCCCGCUUAUCUUAAGCGGCUCCCAGUCCCCGAGAGCAUUACUGGGUUUGCCCGGCUCACAGUUUCAGAAUGGCUUCGGUUAUUGCCUUUCCUUGGUGUGCUUGCACUACUCGGCUACCUUGCAGUUCGUCCAUUCCUCCCAAAGAAAAAACAGCAGAAGGAUAGCUUGAUUAAUCUUAAAAUACAAAAGGAAAAUCCCAAAGUGGUGAAUGAAAUAAACAUUGAGGAUUUGUGUCUUACUAAAGCAGCUUAUUGUAGAUGUUGGCGUUCUAAGACGUUUCCUGCCUGUGAUGGUUCGCAUAAUAAACACAAUGAAUUGACAGGAGAUAAUGUGGGUCCACUAAUAUUGAAGAAGAAAGAAGUAUAAUAGUAAUAAAUUAGGAUUAAAUUCAGUUGUGGGCUUUAUAAUGUUAUUUUUUCAUUCUUUGUGUAUAGAUCUUUCAAAUGGUGGUCUUAAUUAUUAUUACAGAUUAAUUAUUGCUGCCAAUUUAUUUUCUUGCUACAGCACUGUUUAUAUUUGAUACUCCGUGUAUUCAAUCAUUUAUAUAGAAAUUAAAUUGUGCAACCCUUUUAUUCUUACUUCAAAGAAUUA